GCUUUUUGGCUUCAUUUCAUUAUUUUGACAUUUCGAUGUCAACCGCUACGUAUUUCUUUAAAAAAAGUCAAAUUCACUUAAUAUUUCUUACCUUCUGCGCUAUUUUCAUUGUAAUAGAAUUGUGAAGAACUUAGUCCGAAUCGAGUGCAAUCGGGAAUCAAGGAUAAACUCCAGAAAUUCCGCGAGAACCAUGUGACACGAAUACGAAAAAGGGCUUCCAGACCGUCAAUGUGACAGAAAUGUUUUCUGCCAUCACGACGGACCAGCGUUACCGCGGAGCCGAAACUACAUCGACGCGUGAUAAACAUAGGGAGAUAUAGGGCAAGAGCGUUAAAAAUGUGCGCGAGAUGGCCAGUCCGCCACCGAACCCAAGAGAAGGUGCGGAGAGCGGUUCCCAGUUCACGGAGGAGACGGGCGGCCAACGCACGGCCGCCCCGCAGAAGACAUUCAUAGCGCCGCCCGCCUCACAGCUGCCCACGAAGCUGGAGUACGUCGCUCGUAGCGGCACUGGCCGCAGCGUCAAGCACACCUUUCGCACCGUCAAGUUCGCUCGUAGAGUGCCCACACUGCCGCCCAAGAAGCCCGACAGUGCGGUGGGCGGCGCCGGUGGCUCAAGCGCGCCAAGCCAGGCCAGUGGCAGUGGCGCCGCGCCCGAGCGCCGCCCUCGCCGCGACCGCAGCAAGCGACACGUCUGCACCACCUGCGACAAACGAUUCUCUAGCCCUGGUAAGCUCAGCCAACAUGUUUUGUCCCAUACUGGUGAGCUUCCCUUCUCAUGUGAAUUGUGUGAUAAGCGUUUUAAUUCUAAAUUUAAACUAGUGCGCCACAGUCUCAUACACAGUGAGGCAAGAGCCUUUGCUUGUACUGUUUGCGGCAAGACUUUUAAUCGUAAAGAUCAUCUUACUAAUCAUGUAAGGGUGCAUAAUCCUGUUAAAAAACUUUUUAAAUGCGAGCGGCCAGAUUGUAGGAAAUCUUAUACAUCUCUGCUUAGCUAUCGUAAACAUUCUGCAUUACACUCUGCAGAAGAAGGUAACUUACAAUGUAAAAUAUGUGAUGAAGUGUUUAAUACAAAACCAGAUAUAGUGAAUCAUCUCAAAGUUCAUACAGGGAGUCGCACACCUAAGAGUGAGACUGAUAAAAAGUUUACUUGUGAUCAUUGUGACAGAAGAUUUUUUACAGCAAAAGAUGUACGGAGACACCUUGUUGUUCACACAGGUAGACGUGAUUUUUUAUGUCCAUACUGCCCUCAAAAAUUUGGACGUAAAGAUCACUUAGUUCGUCAUGUUAAAAAUGCCCAUCCAGAUGAAUCAUGGAAGUCAGCCGCUGUAGGUACUUCAAAGGACCCACUUCCUGAAACUUCUUCAUUUGAGGAGACUUUUACUGAUUUUCCAAUAGAAAGUGCCGAUUUUGAUAUUUGGAAAUCUGUUACUCCUAAAGAGGAGAUACAGGAGUGUCAGACAGAGGUGCCUGCAUCUGAUAUAAUUGUAGAAAUACCGACAGACCUGGAUAUAAAAGUGGAGCCUUUAGAUAUAAAAUUAGAGAAUCCACCAUCGCCCAGUGAAAUUCUCGAAUAUCCAGUAGUAUAUAUGGUCCCACCGCCUUAUCCUCAGACGCCGUCCGACUUGCCAUACCUGCCGACGCAGCCCAUUUCCGACCCAUUGGAUGUGCACUUGCUCGGUCCUGGCAAUGUUCGAUCAAUAUUAAUAGACCCAGGGGAGGGGCCAUCGGGUUUGUCGAGUCAGAUGUUAGGGUUGCUAGAGGAACGUGAACCUACAUUCGCAAGUGAGGAAGGUCGCGUGCAGCAGCGGUUGCCGGCAUUCACGCAGGCCUUCCAGACGGCUCAGAGUCCGAAGCCUCCUCCGCCCCCACCGCCGCCGCACUAGCCUCGCCCGCACCGUAUUAGCUGCAUUUAGCUUAUAUCAACACCGAACUACCUCAUUAGGUAAGGAUGGUCUAAGCUGUAGAAUAUCUGGAAUUGUGCAUUACUGAUGUGGUUAUCUUGUAACGACAUUCUCUCGGACUUUUAUAGUGCACGAUCCAGAUGGAAUUUGCCAAAUUGUGCAUUUGUCUCAGGAUACCAAAAUGUUUCCGAAUUCUACAUGAAUGUUAUCUAGUCGUGUAUGUACUUUCGGAAUUGUAAAUUGUUUAUUUAUAGCGCUUAUGUAUGAAGUUUAUGGAGUAUAAAUGGGACCAACUCUGUAAGCAAUAAGAAGGUUAACAGCGCGCGUAGUCCAUGUCUUCUUAGUUCUGAUUUAAUGUUUUUUAGGACAGUGUAGUAAGUGAGCAGGAUCUCUGUGAAGGUUUAUGACUCUUGAAAGCAGUAUGCUGUAUGAUAUGUUUUAGAGAAGCGUGCUGCUUUUCGACGCGAAGCUAGUACUACAAAGAGCAUAUUCCUUGUUUUGGAAGUAGUCUUAAAAAAUAAUGGUUGGUUCAAAUCAGAUCUGUCAAUUAUAAAUAACAAUUAUCAAACAUACCAUUGAGACUAAUUAAUUAUAUUGGAAUCAUUUUUGUUCUAUUUUACAGUUUAGUUUCGAACAAUUCUUCAAACAACAUUCAAUUAAUUUACCUCAGAAACACCGUGUGUUUCCUUAGCAUAUAAGACAAUUAAUAAUUGGAUUUAAAGCAGAACGAAGUACACUGAUAUUAAAUGACGAUAGAAAAGAAAUGUGCCAAAAUUCCUAAAUUCUGGACAAAAAACGAUAAAUAAUAAAAAAAAAAUCUUUUGCUCAAAUGAACAAAAGAAAUUUAUUUUGAUGUUUUAAAUAUAAAAAUAAACUGGUAUUAUACGAAAAAAGAGAAACGUAUAAAAUAGUCUCAGCAUAUUUUUAGGAGUAUGAGCCAAAUUAUGUAAUUUGUAGUAAGUUUCACUUUGAGACUAGGUGAGUGUGUCAAGAUGUCUGUAAAAAAUGUUGUAGGAAUUCAAACGACUUGGUACGAUCGAAAUGAAAUGAAAGGGUUACUGGCUUUAUUAGGUGCCUUACAUUUAUUCUAUCUCCUUCAAGAUUUUAUGUAAUUUUUUUAUGUCGAAAUAAUUUUACGACAAGAUAUUUUCGGUAUAAUUUUAUUACUUUUAAAAAUAAAAUUUAAGCAAAAAUAACAUCCGUGAGUAGUAUAGAUAAGUAAUAAAUACAUUUUCACGAAUAUUUUGCUCUGCGAUAACUGUUAAAAAAUACCACGAAUUUUAACAAUUCGAAAUGCUAAAAUUACUUUUAAACAAAAAUAUAUCUUCCGAUUUUAAGUCAUUUAAAUUAAUUGAUUUGUUAAUGAUUCUGACAUAUUAUUUCAUAACACAUAUUUUUAAAUCGUUACAAUUAAAAAAAAUCGCAGUGUGAAGUUUAAUUGUAUAAUUAUAUAAUUAUUAAUAUUCUUUAUCGAUGUUGGGCGUCUAGUAACAGCAAGAAAAAAAACAAGAAGAAUCCAAUGUUGUACACGCUUCAUAUUAUAGAAUGUGUAAAUAUUUCUAAUCUUUUAGGUUAAUAGGACUGUAAAAAAUUUAAUCUACCUCAAUUGAAACUUAUUCUUACGUCUAGAAAUUUAAAUACUAUAUUAGGUUAGUGAGAAAAGAGAAUGUUAGUUUUUUUUUCUUUUUGAGAAAUACAUGCAACCUAGGGCUGGUUUACACUUAACAUAAUUCUUGUUGUGUUAAUGAUUAAUGUUAGUGUGUGCUGCAAUAUCGAAAUCUUUAUUAUUAAAACAUUUUAAUUAUGUAUCAUUUUGCUUGUUGUAAUUAAUUAGAAUUUGUCUUUGAUUAUAUUUUUAAAUAAAGCCGAGUACAUUACAUCGAUUCUAAUCAGAGACAUGUAGAUUUAAUAUAACAAAUGUAAAAAAAUCAAAGAACAAAAAAAAAAUUAUUAAUUUUCUUUCAUUAUGUAGGGUCAUUCCAAACAUAUUUUGGUAAAUGUUUAUAUUAUUCUGUGUUCAUAUUAUAUUAAAAGCAAAAGAUGUUCAGUGUUUUGAGGUGUAUAAUAAGUAUAGAACAAAAUACCAACUAGUAAUAUACUUAAAUACAUUACAAUACAGCCUAAUUUAGAAUAUCAAUCGAAAAUCAUAGUAUUAUUGCAAAUGUACAUAUACAAAGAUAACAAUUUAGAUAGACAAGAAAAAUUUACUAACUUUCCUCAAACAAGUGACAAUAAUAAAAUGUUCGUUGUUGCAUCCAUUGAAAAUUUUAAAGAUUAAUAAUGAUAUCAAUUAGUUUUGUCAUCUACAUCAGUCUUAAGCCACUAGUCAUACAAAAGCAGCGUUUUUAACAAAUAGGUAAAAUAAUUUCUCAAGUGAUAUUUACCCAUUUGUAAUUAUUAUUUUUUAUAAAUAAUUAAUAUUUAUAAAAAACUAGGUGCAGAUCCAUUCUAAGUACAAAUAGUAAUUAUAGCACAGGAUUUAUAUACUAUGUUUAGUAUUUAUACAGAUAUAUACAACGAUAUAUGCAAUAUAUUUUUGUAUUUAAUUAAAAAAAAAACUAGAUUAUAAAUAAUAUACCUUAAU